AUGAGCGAUCACGAGCAUGACGAGCACGACCAGGGCGACAACGAGCCCAAGAAGGCCAAGCAGGGCUCGGGAAAGCGCUUGAAUGAUCGUCAGCGUGUGGACAUCAUCCAAAUGGCGGAGAACAGCAAGAUAUCGAAGCGCCAAUUGGCCGACAAGUUCGGAGUGACUGAGGCAGCGAUCCGCAAGCUUUUGCGAAAGAAGGACGACUUCCUGCGGCGCUACUACGAUACACCCGAGGAGAUCCGCGACCAGCGUCUUCGUGGCAAAAGUACGCUCAGUCUGUACCCACCCGACGAUCCGUGGAAACAGGAACUGGACUGGAUCGGCUUCUCGCGCAUGCUGCGUGACAUCCGACGCGGUUUCCACCGCUACCCGGAGACUGGAUAUCAGGAAUUCCGUACUCAGGCGUUUAUCCGGCGGUUCUGCGAGCAGACCCUGCAUAUCCCGGGCAAGAACAUCCGCGAGAUGGCAUCUACUGGUCUUAUCGUAGACGUUUGCUACGACAACGCUACUAUCUCGCGUUCCGACAAACGUAAGCUGCCUGUACUCGCCUUCCGUGCCGACAUGGACGCGUUACCGAUCGAAGAACUAAACGACCAUCUCCCGUACUGCUCCACUCAAAAAGGGGGACAGAAAGAGCUUCGGAAGCGUAAGAAACGAAAGAGCUCCACCCCGCAAACUUCACCCGAUGUGAAGAUGGAUACACCAGCAAAUCUACUACCUGCUCCGUCCACCAUCACUACCACAACGAUCAUGGCUCCACCUGCGCCCAACGCUGGUGACGAUGACGAGGAAUUCCAGAUCUCUACGGCUGCAGCUCAUAUGUGUGGCCACGACGGUCACAUGGCGAUGGUACUGGGACUCUGCGUGAUGGUCGUGCGUAGUGCCCAUCUGCUCCCUCAAGAUACGUUUGUACGCUUCUUGUUCCAGCCUGCUGAAGAAGGACCUGGUGGAGCUAUGAAGAUGAUUAAGGACGGCGCACUGACUGAUGUAGACGAGGUGUACGGAUGCCACAACGCUCCGUUCCCGCUGUACAGCAUCCACGUGCGUCCUGGAGCUGUCAUGGCUCACGAAGUGGAGUUCUCUAUCGACAUCCACGGCAUUGGUGGUCACGGAUCGGCCCCACAGCAGUGUGUGGAUCCGAUUCUAGCAGGCUCAGCUGUUGUGCAGGCGCUGCAGUCCGUUGUGAGUCGCUCUCUGUCGCCUAUGGACACGGCAGUUGUGUCCGUCACUCAGUUCCGCGGAGGUGACGCGAAUAAUGUGAUUCCAUCUCGUGUGUUUCUAGGCGGCACUAUCCGCGACUUCGAUCUCCAAAUUGCCGAGAAAAUCAAAGAUCGUGUGGCCAGACUGGUACAUUCCACGUGUGCAGCGUACGGUGCUACGGCCAACGUUCACUUCUUGGAUGGCUACGCUCCUGUGAUCAACCCUCAGGUGGAGACGCGUCAAGUGCAGCAGAUUGCGAUGGACAUGGGGCUGUAUGUGAGUGAGGAAGGCUUACCACUUAUGGCGGCUGAGGAUUUCUCGUAUUUCCUACAAGAACGAAAAGGCUGCUACUUUUUUUUGGGAACAAAGGAAGACGGAGACACGGAGAAGAUGCGAGCGCUGCACUCGAACCACUACGACUUCAACGACAAGGCUAUUCCACUGGGUAUCCGGCUGUUCCUGGGCAUCUUGCAAUCUCGUUUCAAGUGCGAAUUGUACACGUUCGAGGAGAUGCAGGCCUUCCAAGUGGCUAUGGAGCGCAUCAUGAUCAAUGUUACAGUCGUGUAG